UGUGUCACUGUUAAAGGAUCGUACCACAGAGUGUGUUCUGCUGCUGUGACCUGGCAAGACCCCUGGCGCUACUUCACAGACAGGUGAGGAAGGUGAUGAAGGAGAUUCUGGUAAUGCUCUGCAUGAUCUUAACAUGCAGAGCUCAGAAAUGGAACCACGAAACCUCACGUUGGGACGCCAAAGCAGAACACGCCAACGGCAAGACUUGUUCCAACCUGACCCAGGUACUGGACAACUGGAAAUUUGCUAUUCUAACCCAAGUGAAAGAUCUUCUGAUCAAUGACCACGCUUCUGUCCUGCCCGAAUACAACAGGAUCCCGCCUCUGUCAGAUGCCCUGGGAGACCUCUACAGGCAGUUUAACACUCUAAAAGACGAGCUCGGGAGGCUUACCUCAAAGUUUGACAGUGUGGAGGGUUUUGUGGACGACCUCAAGUACGGCAGAUCCGCUCUGCCUCAGCGGCUGCACCAAGGUCCUCGGGCAAGGAUGCACCUGCAGGCCUCCUCUCCUUAUUUGUAG